AUGAGGCCGGCGCUCCGGUUAGCCGCUACCCCUCGUAGCGCAUCCGACGCAACGCGAUUCACAGCAACGACACUCCAUGCAACCUCUAAGACAGCUACGCCACCACCCCGGUUCACCCCUCCGAGGCCUGGCGCAGCAUCAUCAACACCAGGUGGCUUAGGUGGCUCCGGUGGGAGUGGAGAUGCCGGGGAUGCUCUCUUCGAAACUCCGGAGCAAAAGGUCGCCCGUCUCAGGGCAGCACACCAGAGGGCAAAGGCAGCACAGGUGUCGAAGUUUGACGCAGUGGUGGAUCACAGCCGACGUUUCUUUGACUCGGCGCAUAAGAUCACCGUUGUAGGCCUAAUUGGCUUUACCGUCGUCGCGGGCGUUGUCACAGCCUACACAGCCUAUGACAUGAUCCGGUACAACAAGAAGCGCGCCGCCGAAUGGGCCGAAGCACAAAUGAAGCUCGAGGCCAACAGCCUGGAAGCCGCCCGCAUCGCCUACAUGACCGGCAAAGCAACCGAAGAGCAAAUCACCCUGGUCGAGGAACAACUCGAGCGCGAGCGCGAAUCAGGCCGUCAGACCACCUUCUUUUCCAAUCUUAGCGUCCUCGGCAGCCCCGAACCCACCACCGCCUCCUCCUCGUCUACACCAUCAACCCCGCCUCAACCCCCCCAUUCCGUCACCGAGACCGUCUCCUGGCCACCAAAAGACGCCUCUCCAGACCAGCAGCAACCAGCCGACGCGCCGCAAGACCAACCCAAGACCUCAGUCUGGUCCUGGAUCACCUCGGGCCUCAAGACCGACGAAACCGACUCCUCCUCAUCCUCAAACUCAACCCCAUCCUCCGGAAACCAAUCAUCAAUACUUUCCACGUCCACGAGUGCGCUCCAGGCCAAAGCACAGUCAGCAUUGGACCAGGAGAAGGCAAACCAACAACGCGGCGGGCCAUUUGACAAAAUUGGUGGUGCCCCAGCGACUGAAGGGGCGGGCGAGACGGGGAAACAGGAUGAUAAGGGAGGGGAGAAGAAGAAGGGAUGGUGGUAA